CUCACAGACAAAGAUCUCCUAAGAGGAUUUUACCAUGUUCUUCUACCACCUCCAUCCUGCAGAGUGAGUUCUCUUCCUGGAGGGAGUCAGGAGGAUCACGAUGGCCGAGCUGACGCCCCUGGACGACGAGCUGACGCCCCUGGCCGACGAGCUGACCUGCUCCAUCUGCCUGGACAUCUUACAGCAGCCCGUUACUACCCCGUGCGGUCACAACUUUUGCUCGCGGUGCCUGGACGAGACGUGGACCGUCCAGAGCCCCAACUUCUACUGCCCACUGUGCCGGGUACGCUUCCCGGAGAGGCCACGGCUGAAGAAGAACACGGCGCUGUGCUCAGUGGUGGUGCAGCUGCAGCAAGCCCUGAGCCGCUGCAAUUUGAGGCCUCCCCUCAGUGAGUCCCAAGAUAGCGAGCCCUUGGUCCUGCCACCGGGGAAGGGGGGCCAGGCAAAGGAUGAAGCGGCUGGGAUCGUGGCCUGCGACCACUGCUUGCAGGCUCCUGCCGCCAAGACAUGCUUCACCUGCAUGGCAUCCUUCUGCCAGGAGCACCUGCAGCCGCACCUGGACAACCCUAUAUACCAGGGCCACGAGCUGCAGCCGCCCGUCGGGGACCUGGCCCGUCGUAAGUGCCCCGAACACGGCCGCCUGCGGGAAUUCUUCUGCUCUCAGCACGGCGUCUGCAUCUGCAGCAUCUGCCUGGUGGGGCACAAGACCUGCUCCCUGGUGGCCCUGGACGAGGCCAGGACCGAGCUGGAGUCCAAGAUGAAGCGGAAGCUCAUGACAAUAUAUCAUCAUAUCUAUAAGGCUUCAAGUUCACUGAAAGAUGUGAAGUUGAAACAGAUUGCAGCCCAGGAAAUGGUAGCCAGAAAGAUGGACUUGUUGAAACGUGAAUAUGAAGAAAUAAAAGUCCUCAUUGAAUCAGAGGAGAAGAGUUCUCUGCGGAAGCUGAAAGAGGAAGAAAAGAGAGUUUUGGACAAAUAUGACCAUAUUCAUCAGGUCCUGCUCAAAAAAAAGAGGGACAUUGAGUCUUUGAAAGAAGAGAUUGAACUUUUGCUCAUGAAAAAUGAUAAGAUCGCCUUUUUGGAGAAAGCCUCGAAACUUGCCAUCAAGGCUGUGUGUGUACCAAAGAAUGAAUUAAACCAAGAGAUGAUCCACAACGUUUUUCAAAAUGCCUUCUCCCUUCAAGAUACUUUAAAACAUACAAUAAACAACCUUCAAGAGAAGAAAACAGAGGAGGUGACUAGCCCAGAUGAUUCUGGAAAACCAUCAUCUUUCUUUGGACCAACAUAUCCUAACAGAGGUUAUCGCCAAACAAGAUGGAUGCCCAAAGGGGACGAACCACAGCCGAAGCCACUGAGGAACCAGCAGGAGAAAAGUGAGGGGUCCACGCCCACUUUUGGCUCUGGGCUGAGCAGCUUGGCCAAUACCACGGCCAGUGCCCCUCCCACCACCACCACCACCACCCCCUCCCUUUUCUCGUCUGCCUCUGCCUCUGGCAUCAAUUUCACACCAUCCACUGCCUCCAUGUUCCAAUCUAACAAACCUGCUGCUACCACCACCGCCUCCACUGCUGUGACAACUGCCACAAGCUUCUGUAGCCCGUUCUCUUUCCACUUUGGGUCUGCCUCUGGCAUCAAUUUCACACCAUCCACUGGCUCCAUGUUCCAGUCUAACAAACCUGCUGCUACCACCACCGCCACCACUGCUGUGACAACUGCCACAAGCUUCUGUAGCCCGUUCUCUUUCCACUUUGGGUCUGCCUCUGGCAUCAAUUUCACACCAUCCACUGGCUUCAUGUUCCAAUCUAACAAACCUGCUGUUACCACCACUGCCACCACAGCUGUGACAACUGCCACAAGCUUCUGUAGCCCGUUCUCUUUCCACUUUGGGUCUGCCUCUGGCGUCAAUUUCACACCAUCCACUGGCUCCAUGUUCCAGUCUAACCAACCUGCUGCUACCACCACUGCCACCACUGCUGUGACAACUGCCACAAGCUUCUGUAGCACGUUCAGCUGUGGGGGCUCAGCAAACCCAAAACCGGCCCUUCCCCAGCCCGCCUUUGGCAGGGUGAGGCCCCCCACCUCCUUUGUCACCCCUGCCAGCACACAGCCAACCUUUGUCAGCACAAACUCAGGCUUGUCUUUGGGCCCAACCAUCGCCUUCACCUUUGGGGCCACCAUGCAGACCACCAGCAGUGGCACCAGCAGCUCCAUGUUUAGCAGCAUAACCCCGGCCCCCUUCACAUUUGGGAGCUCUUUGGCUGCAGAUAGUAGUGGGGGCUUGGCAGCCAGCACAGCUGUCCCCAGAACCAGCUCGAGCACUGCCGCGUUCAGCUUCGGUGCAAGCCAGAGUGGAACAGCCAGUGCUACCACCUCCUCUGGGGGUGCCUUGAACCAGAACUCCCUGGGUGCCCCAAGUCAGAGCACAGCCUUUAUCUUCAGUGUGGCCAGCACCACUAAGAAAACACCUGUGUUUGGAGGCACUUCCAUGCCUACCUUUGCCCAGAAGGCUCCAGCCCCUGGAGCAGGCUCAGUGGGCAAUUGCCUUUCCUUUGGGACCCCAACCACAUCCUUUGUGGGAGCAGGGCUGUCUUUCAAUCCAUUGACCCCUUCAUUUUCCUUUGAGGCAGGAUCCAAGAACUCUAGGCCCAGGCAGCGACUGAAGGUCCAGAGACAGCAUAGCCAAAAGAAAUAACCUGUACUGCCCUACCUUUGCCCCCAAACCUUUUCUUUCUUUUCCCAACCCCCUCUCCCCAGCUUGGCUCCUGCUGUGAAGAGCCUUAUCCCUGUCCCCAUCUUUGUACAGCAAACCCACCCCUCACUUCUCUAGUUGCAGCUGCCAGGAAGGCCACCACCCUGGAAGUAGCAGGGUGGAAACAAACCCUUUGUACUGAACAAUUCCUCUGCUAAAACUGGAGAAACUUAUGUACGUAUCGUCAGUCUUUCCUUUCCUUUCCUGACCUGUCUCCUUGUUAUGUAUGCCUGUCAGCUUGGCCAAGUUAAGUUCAGAAUUAAGUUAAUUUGUUUAUUAAUUUGUUAAUAUAUUAAGUUCUGAAUUUUUUUAAAAAAAUUAAUUUUCAAAAAAAAUGGGGGAGAUUAAUUGGUGGGGAUAGGCAAGAAGCCUCUUGCUUAAAAUGUAAAUGUGGAAUCAAAGUUUUAAAAAAUAAGUAGUAGUCUUACUUUUAAUGAGCAAAUAUAUAUAUAUCGUGUGAAUUUCACAAUGGGCACUGUAAACAAGAUAACCAGACUGUGGGGAAGAUGGGAUCCUGGGUUAGGUCAGGUGUGUGGUUGUCCUUAAGAGCAGAUGGGAAGGUAACUAGAUAGAUAUGGCAUUUAUUAAGUGCUUAGAAAAUCUAAAGGGCACUUUAAAAAAAAGAAAUAAAGAAGGGGGAAAAUGUAAUAGAAUGAGAUCCUGAAAGGUAGAGUGGAACAGGAGAAAAGACCCAGAAGAAAAAGGGUAUUAGAUCAGCAGCUGGAAGAGACUACAGAAUCCAUCUAGUCUAACCCCCUUAUUCUACAGAAGAAGAAACAAGAGUCCCAAAAAGUCUAAGUGACCUUCCCAAGGUCAAUAAACAAUAAGUAAUUAUAGCCCAGAAUGUGAAAAGCAUUUUCAGGAAAUCUUAUAAAAAUGAGAGAGAUACAUGAACAUAAAAUAAAGAUCAGGAGUAGAAUAUAUUGUGUAAAAAAAAGAACAGGGCCAAUAAUCAUGAUUUCAUCUUCUCAUACAAAGUUAAAGCUAAAAUAGAUUUAAUCAAAAGAGAAAAAUAGGGAAACUUCACUAUAUGUCACCAAUAUUAUUCAAUAUUGUAUUAGACUAUUUAAGAUAACUAGACAGUAUAAGGUUGGAAUAUUGCUGUGGUAUAGGGAAUGAUGAUGGUAGAUUUAGAGAAAAAUGUGGAAAGACUUAGAAUUUAUGAAGGAAGAUGUUAUCCACUUUCAGAGAAAGAGAAGUGGAAGUAAGCAGAGUACAGUCUUGUGCAUAUAUAUACAUAUAUAUGUAUAGAUAGAUAGAUAGAUCCAUGCUUAAUUGUAGCCUUCUUGAGGGGGAGGGAAGAGAGUAAAAAGUACAUAGCAGAGAACAAAAGAAAACCUACAAGGAAGCAAAGACAGAUACCUUUGAACACAAUGUGUAGCAUUUAUAUAUUUUGAAUACUCUCUUAUGUUCUGCUGUACACAUAGCAAUUUUUUUCUUUUA